AUGGGUAUUAAACAAUUGAUGGCUAUCAUCAAGGAUGAAGCUCCUGAUGCUGUUAAAGAAGGAGAAAUUAAAAAUCAAUUUGGAUGCGUAUGUACCUUCGACGUUGAUCUUUAUAGGUUUCAGAAACUAAUACCUACCAGGUCCAUGUCUAUCUAUAGUUUUCUCAUCGCCGUCCGCUCUGGGGGUGAAAUGCUCACAAACGAAGAGGGAGAAACUACCUCCCAUCUCAUGGGCAUGUUCUACCGCACGCUUCGUAUUGUCGAUAAUGGUAUCAAACCAGUCUAUGUCUUUGAUGGUGCGCCACCAAAGCUCAAGUCUGGCGAAUUAGCAAAACGUUUCCAGCGUAAAGCAACUGCUACAGAAGGAUUGGAAGAAGCAAAGGAAACCGGUACGGCAGAAGAUAUUGAGAAGUUUUCAAGGAGAACAGUUAGGGUUACCAGAGAACAUAACGCCGAAUGUCAGAAAUUAUUAAAGUUGAUGGGAAUUCCAUUUAUUAUUGCGCCGACGGAGGCAGAGGCACAAUGUGCUGUAUUGGCUAGAGCGGGAAAAAGUUUAUGCGGCGGCGAUGAGCAACGCAAAGAACCUAUUCAAGAAGUUAUUUUGGAGAAAGUCCUUGCAGGUUUAAAUAUGGAUCGCAAACAAUUCGUAGAUCUCUGCAUCCUCCUCGGUUGCGAUUAUCUCGACCCCAUUCCCAAAGUUGGUCCACACACUGCCCUCAAACUUAUUCGCGAACACGGCGAUCUAGAAACCCUCGUCGCAUGGAUCAAAGCCGACAAAAAAGAACGUUAUACAAUCCCAGAAGAUUGGCCAUACCAAGAUGCUCGCGAACUAUUCUUCAACCCUGAUGUCCGCCCUGCCGAUCACGAAGACUGCGAUUUUAAAUGGGAAGCUCCUGAUAUCGAAGGACUUGUCAAAUUCCUCGUCGCCGAAAAAGGUUUCUCUGAAGAUCGUGUUCGCAGUGCUGCUCAAAAACUUACCAAGAAUCUCAAAUCAUCACAGCAAGCAAGAUUAGAGGGAUUCUUCAAACCAAUCCCAAAGACAGAUGAAGAGAGAGCGAGUUUAAAACGCAAAAAUGAUGAGAAAAAUGAAGCCAAGAAGAAGAAAGUUAAGGAUGAGAAGAAGGAAAAAGCAAAGGCGAAGGCAAAGCCUAGGGGUACAGCUUAA